CAAGAUCAUCAUACUUUCAUCGUCAGGUACAAAGCUGACGAAGACAUUGGUCUGGACAUGCACGAGGAUGAUUCAGAUGUCACACUCAACGCGUGUUUGGGAAAGGACUUCGAGGGCGCCACUCUAUCAUUUUGUGGCUUGGUCACCGACGACAAUCACCGAAAGAUGCAGUAUACCUACAAGCACGAGAAGGGCCGUGCUGUGAUACACUUAGGUCGGCACCGCCAUGGACUGGCACUUAUAGCAAUUCUGUCCUGUCAAGCUUCGUUGUUUUGUUUUUGUUUAUUUUCCUUCAAUAGUUCGAAUAUAUAAAUCGGUUGAACAUGUGAGAUCGAGGUGCGGACAACAUUCAGUCUGGGGAGCGAGUCAACUUUAUUUUAUGGUCGGUCAGUGAGACCUACCGAAAUUCAGAGGCCUAUCGCCUACUAGGAGCAAGGACGCUACUGGGGCUCCUGGCCUUACUACUAGGAGCAAGGACUCUACUAGGAACAAGGGCAUCGCUACUAGGAGCAGUGUCCUCGGCAGGCCUAUCGCCUUCAUAGGCUUCGGAGCUCCCAUGCCGAGACUCCAGACCCAAUAUGUUUGUCAUAUACGCACGACCGCGACUACACCAAGUACCUUCCAAAGCCAACGAAGGCAGAGGCACUGUCCCGAGGUGUGAUCAUGGAGGUGGUAGAGAGAAGACUGGACAUGCACCAGAGACCAGUGCUGGAUUUGGCCCGCCCCAUUGAAGAGAUCAAUUCCGUUCCAAGCGUUUGCCUUUUUAUGGAGGGAUUGCCACCCCCCAGGCAAAGCGAGUUGUUUCAGAUCCUUUUGCAGAUAGCCAGCGAGGUUCACAAAGACGUUGGAUGUGUUGAGGGGCAGGUGCCGCCGAUCAUAUUCUUUAUAGCUGUGCAGUCUUCUGGAGCUGUGCCCCAGGUCCGGGAAAUGAGUGGAGCCAUGUCAAGUCCUUCACUGGUGAUCCUUGAUGUGGAUGCGGAGAAGCGCUAUCGUUUGGACUCCAAGGAGGAUCUUGAUGGUACCGCCAUCCGGAACUUUGUGGCAGCCUUCCGAAAAGGAGAACUGAAGGCAGAGCCCAUCGGGAGUCCUACUGCACAAAAUGAAGACGCAGAUCCACAAAAGAGUUCUGAGGAGGUAGCUGGAACUUCUUUCGACACUCCGCCAAAGUCACCACAGGCUCGUCCUGGCUGUACGCUGCUCUGAGCAGCAUGAAGUCUUGUACAUAGACAUAUUGUUGGGAAAGGAUCCUGCGGAACAGCACCGCUGCAGAUCUUGUACAUAUUUGCUGAUACAAAGCGGUAUGUGGUAUGUGUUUGUUCC